CCUUCCUCCCCGCCCCUCCGCCGCCACCCUCCUCGCCGCCGCCGCCGCCUUCGUGCAGGACCCCGGCGCCGCCGUCGACGCGGACGACGCUGUCCCCGCCGCCAUCGCGCUUUGAGAUUCGUGCGACUGACGUUGGAGGCCCGUACGUGGCGCGGAUCGAGGGGAAUCGCCCCCCCCCCCGGUCCCUGGCUGGACUCCACCUCUCCGCGACGCGCUCCUCUCCUGGCGAAUUUUUUGUUUAUUUAUAUUUGGGAGUAAUUGGCUGCGCUCAGCUCCGGUCCAGCGCCCGGCGAAUUCCACCGUUAGCGUCGCUAGGGUUUCGGUGGCCUGCGCGCCCGGCGGUGGGGGGGGGGGGGUCUGGCGGUCUAGGGUUUGCGGCCGCGGCUUGCGCCGUCGCGGCGCGGAGGCGUCCUCGUCGUUGUUGUUGGUGGGGCGGUGGCGGAAGCCAUGGGCGACGGCGAGCGCCGCGAGGACGAGAACCCGACCACCAGUGCCGCAGAUGACGAUGAUGAUGAGGAUUAUGAUGAACCUGGUGGAGGGAAUCACUUCUUGGGCUUCAUGUUCGGCAAUGUUGAUGAUUCUGGUGACUUGGAUGCUGACUAUCUCGACGAGGAUGCAAAGGAGCACCUUUUUGCACUGGCGGACAAGCUUGGCCCAUCUUUGAAAGACAUUGAUCUGAUCAAGCCUUCUGCAGCACCAACUGAUCCUUCUGAGCAAGACUAUGAUGCAAAAGCAGAAGAUGCUGUUGAUUAUGAAGAUAUUGAUGAAGAAUAUGAUGGACCUGAAGUUGAAGCAGCUACAGAGGAGGACCAUUUGCUAUCCAAAAAAGAUUACUUCUCUUCAAAUGCAGUUUAUGCUUCGGUCAAUAGUAAAGUUUCAGUGUUUGAUGAGGAGAACUACGAUGAGGAUGAAGAACCACCAAAUGAUAAUGAUUUGCCUAGUGAUAAUAUUGUGCAAAACUGCACUUCAGCUUCAGCUGAGCAACUGGAUAUGGCACCGUCAAAUGACAACCUUGCUGUUGAAAAGAUGUCUAGUUCGUUAUCAGAACCAGAAGAAAGUUUUGAAAGUGAAGCUUUUCAGCAGAAAGAAAUGGUUGCUGAAGAGCAACUUGAGUCUAAAACUGCAACUUCCCUCCCAGUUUUAUGCAUAGAGGAUGGGAGUGUUAUAUUGAAGUUCUCUGAAAUUUUUGGAGCCCAGGAGCCUGUAAGAAAAGCCAAAAUGGACCGCCAUAAGCGCCCAGUGAAUAAAGAGCUCCAGAUUACAAAUUUCACAGAUAUUGUUGAAGAAGACGAGGAGGUAUUUCUACGCAGCACUAUUCAAAAUUUGUCAGCUUUGAAGCAUAUCAAGACGAACGAUAAUUUUGUUGAGAGUGACAGUGAUGAGUCAACUUCAGAUGUUGCCUUAAGACUGAAAGACUCGUGCCUUUCCGAACAACCGAUGAAAGAUAAAGAUAUUCCUACUGCUGUACAAUCUCCAGUUUUCCCUGAUUUUUAUCCACUCGAGCAUGAAAAUUGGGAAAAUGAUAUUGUUUGGGGCAAUUCACCAACAACCGCAAUUCAGCCUUGCUUAACAAGCUGUGCAAUAUCCAAAGAAAGCUUGGAUGACCACAAUGAAGACCAGGCCGAGGGUUAUGUCUCUGGGUGUUGGGAUGUACAGAAUAAAUUUCAUAGUUCUUCAGUAAUGGCAGAUCCUUUUGGGCAUACAGAAAUACCUGAUUCAACUAGUUACCGUUCCCCUGAGAACAGCUAUUCUCCAUUAAGAAAGGAGACUGCUCAGGAGAAUAACAGCUUAGAUGAACCAAAUAACAUAACUCAACCGGUUAAAAUCGACACCACACGGCAUUUAAACAAGCUCUCUUUACUGAACAAGGAGUUGUUAGAAGGAUCUUGGUUGGAUAACAUAGUUUGGGAUCCCAGUGAGGAUGUACCAAAGCCCAAGCUAAUCUUUGACCUUAAAGAUGAUCACAUGCUUUUUGAAAUAUUAGAUGAAAAGAAUGGGGAUCACCUCCGCUCUCAUGCUCGUGCCAUGAUUGUUACUCGGCCAAUGAAAACUUCAGCAGUGGAAAAUGUUGACCAUAACAAUCAAGCAAUUGCAUUGAGUGGGAGAUUCAACAUUUCCAACGACAAAUUUUAUUCUAACAGGAAAAUGUCGCAGCAAGCUAGAUCUCAUGCUAAAAAGCGUGCUACAAUGGGCUUAAAGUUGGUACAUUCUGUUCCUGCUCAGAAGCUCCAGACCAUGAAGCCAAAGUUGAGCAUCAAAGAAAUCGCAAACUUCCAUAGACCAAAAGCUAAGUGGUAUCCACAUGAAAAUAAACUUACUGCUAGAUUUCAAGGAGAUGAGUGCAGUCAUGGGCCAAUGACUGCUAUUGUGAUGACUUUGGGAGGAAAAGGAGUCAAAUUUCUGGUCAAUGCAGAGGAAACUCCACUUUCUGUAAAAUCAAAAGCUUCCAAAAAGCUUGAAUUUAAACCUUCUGAGAAGAUCAAAUUGUUCUGUUCUGGAAAAGAGCUUCAGGAUGACAUCUCCUUGGCUAUGCAAAAUGUGCGACCAAACUCUAUUCUGCAUGUUGUUCGCACUGAAAUACAUUUAUGGCCAAAAGCACAGAGAUUGCCUGGUGAGAAUAAGCCUCUACGUCCUCCUGGUGCAUUCAGGAAAAAAUCUGACUUGUCUGUUAAGGAUGGACAUGUAUUUUUGAUGGAAUACUGUGAGGAGAGGCCUUUGCUUCUUGCAAAUGCAGGAAUGGCUGCACGACUGUGCACGUAUUACCAGAAGACUUCACCUUCUGACCAAACAGCUACAUCCCUGCGAAGCAACAGUGAUGGACUGGGUACAAUGCUUGCUAUUGAUCCCGCUGACAAAUCUCCUUUUCUGGGGAACAUUCGUUCUGGCUCCCACCAAUCAUGUCUUGAGACAAAUAUGUACAGAGCACCUGUAUUUCCUCAUAAGGUUGCGACGACAGAUUAUCUUUUAGUUCGUUCACCCAAAGGGAUGCUUUCUCUUCGUCGCAUUGACAAGUUGUAUGCUGUUGGCCAACAGGAACCUCAUAUGGAAGUAUUUUCACCUGGGACAAAAAAUAUGCAGAAUUAUAUUCUGAAUCGGAUUCUUGUGUAUGUAUAUCGUGAGUUCCGUGCUAGGGAGAAGCCUGGUAUUAUUCCUCAGAUUCGAGCUGAUGAAUUACCUAUUCAGCCUCCUAUAACAGAGGCUAUUGUGAGGAAACGGUUAAAGCAUUGCGCGGAUUUAAGGAAAGGACCAAAGGGACAUUUGUUCUAUAUUCAGAGACCUGAUUUUCGGAUUCCAUCGGAGGAAGAACUGAGAAGAUUAUUGACACCUGAAAAUGUCUGCUGUUAUGAGAGUAUGCAAGCUGGCCAGUAUCGUCUCAAGCACUUAGGAAUUGAGAAGCUUACUCAGCCUGUGGGACUUGCAUCUGCCAUGAAUCAGCUUCCUGAUGAAGCUAUUGAGCUUGCUGCUGCAGCUCAUAUUGAGAGGGAAUUGCAAAUCACUAGCUGGAAUCUUACCAGCAAUUUUGUUGCUUGUACAAACCAGGACAAGGAAAAUAUAGAGAGAUUAGAAAUUACUGGUGUUGGUGAUCCAUCUGGCCGUGGGCUAGGAUUUAGCUAUGUACGAGUAACUCCAAAAGCACCUGUAUCCAAUUCAACACAUAAGAAGAAGUCAGCUGCUGCAAAAGGCACCACUGUGACUGGAACAGAUGCUGAUCUCCGCAGGUUGAGCAUGGAUGCAGCUCGAGAGUUGCUACUCAAAUUUGGCGUUCCAGAAGAGCAAAUUGACAAGUUAACAAGGUGGCAUCGGAUCGCGAUGGUGAGGAAGCUUUCAAGUGAACAAGCUGCAUCGGGUGUUACAAUGGAUGAAAUUCCAGUUAGUAAGUUUGCACGGGGACAAAGGAUGUCUUUUCUGCAGCUUCAGCAGCAAACUAAAGAGAAAUGUCAGGAAAUUUGGGACAGACAAAUUCAGUCACUUUCAGCUAUGGACGGCAAUGAAAAUGGCAGUGACACAGAAGCUAACAGUGAUCUUGACUCAUUUGCUGGGGAUCUUGAAAAUUUGCUAGACGCAGAAGAAUUUGAUGAUGAAGAUGUUGGUAAUACAGACAUAAGAAGCGAUAAAAUGGAUGGAAUGAGAGGGCUUAAAAUGAGAAGGUGUCAUACUCAAUCCCAAAUUAAUGAGGAAAUUCAAGAUGAUGUAGCAGAGGCUGCUCUAGUAGAAAAACUGCUUGAAGAGAGUGAUAGUGAUAUGAAGAGGAAGAAGCAGCCUGUGGAAACUACAAAUUAUAGCACUCCUAUGUAUAAUCAGGGCAAUAAAAUGAAGCAGGGUAAGGCUGGCCAAAUGAUUAAAUCGUCUGUAUAUGCCGGUGCAUUAACCCCAAAAGAGAGCAUACCAAGAGAAGCCAAGGAGGUUGAAAAUUUUGCUGAAGGAAGUUUACCCUCAAAACUAAGAACAAAGACAGGAUUUGAUGCAAAUGAUGAUAUUAUUCUAGUAAAAAGGAAAAAUAUCCCAGGAAAGGAUGGGUUCAAGGAAAAGAGACAGGGUGCAAGGGGAGACACUCUUGUAUGUGGAGCUUGUGGUCAGCUCGGGCACAUGCGGACCAACAAACUGUGCCCCAAGUACGGGGAGGACCCUGAAACAUCCGAAAUGGAUGUCAAUUCCAUCAGGUCUCAUCCUCCUGAUAUUGUGAGUAAUGCUCAAAUAAAAACAUCAAACAAGAGGUUGGUAGCAAAAGUUUCGUCUGAAGCUUUUGAAACUGAAGGACCUGAAAGUAUUGAAAAGGCUAAACCUGUCCCUGUAAAAUUCAAAUGUGGAGCACCUGAGAAGUCAUUGGAUAGGAACAUGUCAAUCUCAGCUUCUUUGGUUUCUGAUAAACGUAUGAUGGAUGCUACAGAUUCGAAAUCAACUGGAAAGGUUAAUAAGAUUAAAAUAUCUAACAAGAUAAAAUAUGAUGAUUAUCCUCCUGAUACUCCUAAGCCAUCUGUUGUAAUAAGGCCUCCUGCUGAAGUGGAGAAGGAUCUACCUCGUAAGAAAAUUAUUAUCAAGCAGCCCAAGGUGCUUGGAGAUCAGCAAAGACCUACUGAACUUAGGAGUGGUCAGGAGCCCAGAAAGACAAGGAAAAUUGUUGAAUUGUCAAGCUUUGAGAAGAGAGACAGAGAGGAUGAUAAUGGUUUUUCUGGACAACCUAUUCAGAUCAAUUCCUCACAUGAUAGGGGGUGGGGUCUGGUGGGAAAAAGAAGCAAAGGAAUAAUGGAAAGUAGUGAAUCCUGGAGAGCUUUUGAGGAGCAACGAGAGAGACAAGAACAGAGACUAAUUGAAGCUAGGAUAUAUGAUGCAAGGAGAGAGGAUGAGCUCCAGAAGGCAAAGAAGAAAAACAAGAAAAAGAAAAAACAUGAAUUUCGAGAUGAUGACCUACUUGAUCCUAGGCCAUACAAAAAUGACAGAAGGGUACCUGAAAGAGGUCGAGCGGCAAAGAGACGUACCCCAGCUGAUAUGACAGAAUACACACCACCAGCUAAGCGGCACAGAGGAGGAGAGGUUGAGCUCUCCAACAUAUUGGAAAAAAUAGUUGACCACUUGCGGACAAUGAGCUGUUCAUUCCUUUUCCGUAAACCGGUGACGAAGAAAGAGGCUCCUGAUUACUUUGACAUAAUUGAGCGUCCAAUGGAUCUUGGUACUAUAAGGGACAAGGUGCGAAAGAUGGAGUAUAAAAAUAGGGAGGAUUUUAGGCAUGAUGUGGCUCAGAUAGCACUGAAUGCACAUACAUACAAUCUUAACCGCCAUCCCCACAUCCCUCCGCUUGCUGAUGAGCUCUUGGAGUUGUGUGAUUAUCUUCUUGAGGAAAGCGCGGAUGUGCUAGAUGAUGCGGAAUACGCGAUCGAGGACUAGUGCACACUAACCAGAUAUGGCAUUUAGAUCUUGCUAUAUUCUAACUUAGAUGCUGUAAUGCUGACCUGUAGGAGGGGGGAAGAGCACCUGUAGAAUUUUUCAUUUUAGGCUCUGGCUAUGGUAUACCUGGGAUCCCCAAUUCCAACUAUUUUGCCUCUUGUUGGUAUUGGGAGUUGGGAGUUGGAAUGUACACAAACUCUAGGUUAGACAUUGAGGGCCCACUGUAACUAUUGGCCUCUUGCUGUAAAAAUGUAGCGAUGUAAUUUUUUGUCCAUAUCCAUGGCCUUGGGUGUCUCAAAUUCUGAUGUUGUAGCAUUACAUCCUAUGUGAAUGGCAUCUAACCAUGAGUCAAAGGUGCAACACGUCAAAGCAUGUGCUAAAGGUUGUACCCGGUCUAACCUGAUUGGUGAAGGUCCCUUCAAAUCCUGCAUGAUUAGAGGCUUACCAUGCAACUAUGCGAAGUCAAAACCUGUAAUUGUAACUGUAACGUGAGAGAUGGUGUACCGGCAGUACAAGUUGUUUGAGUUGCUGCCAGAUGAUGAUGUAUUUGAUGUUGCAUGCUUUGAAUGAGUAUUCACCGCUCAACGAUAUCAUUGGAUGGUGCAGUUCAUAGUUUCA